GAAUUACAAUCCUGAGGAGGGGCGCGGGGGUAAAAAACCUGUGACCAAAGAGCGAGCAAUGGAGGAGCUUCUUGAAGUGAUAAAGUCGACAAAACCGGACAACUUUACUCCGAAAAUUACAGAGAAAAGAGACGAUUAUGUGCGUGUUGAAUAUGAAAGUCCAAUCAUGGGGUUUGUGGAUGAUGUUGAGUUUUGGUUCCCACCUGGCAAGAAGCCACUUGUGCAAUAUCGAUCAGCAUCCCGUUUGGGGAAUUUCGAUUUCGACGUUAACAAAAAGAGAGUUAAGGCGCUAAGGGUCGCAUUAGAGAAGAAGGGGUGGGCGUCGGAAAAUACCUUUUGA